AUGGCAACAUGGGAGCAGAUACGGGGUUCAAACCCCAAAUUACGAUGGUGUAAAGUUGUUUGGUUCCGACAAAGCAUCCCACGAUUUGCUUUCAUCACUUGGUUGGCUUUUCAGGACAGGUUGGCGACAGGAGCGAGAACCAGAGCUUGGGGGGUUGUUCAACCGUGCCUCCUAUGUGGAGAACCGGACGAAACUCGCGACCACCUUUUCUUCGCAUGCCCUUAUUCCUUUACGGUUUGGAUCGACCUUGUGGGGUUCAUACUGGGACCUAAUGCCAACCCUGACUGGACCAUAACUAUCACCUCCAUCACCUCUAACCAAAGGAAAGAGACGGACACAUGCUUGUUGAAGCUUGCACUACAAGCAAGCAUUCAUAGCAUAUGGCGUGAGAGGAACAUCAGGAGACACAACAACACUCCUACCAGCUCUGCUCAGAUGGUUCACUACAUCGACAAAACAAUUAGAAACAGGUUAUCUUCCCUAAGGCAAAGAAAUCCUACCUUCUAUGCCGAAACAAUGCAGAGAUGGUUCACAAGGACAUCUUAA